UAGAUAUAUCUCGGAAAGGAAGAGUUUUAGGAUAUUUAUAUGAUCUUUUUGUUGCAUCGUAGAAACAGUAGAAUACUGUUAAAGGUUGAACACCUAUUUCCUUGACACCCCGUAUAUCUACGUAACAUGACUGUUACACCCUAUACAGUGAAUACAUAUUUCAUAUCGUUUAUAAACUGUUUGAUUUAUAUGAAAGAAAUAUGUGCAUUGUAGUUUAAAUGUUUUACGCUAGAGUAUAUUUGAUGCACCUUUCUUUUUUAAAAGAUGGCUCGUUAGCGCGGUAACAUCUCUUCUCUGGUAAUUCUCCGAUCAUCGACCAUUCACUGAUGUUCGACUAUAUAUCGAGAUUUCAAAUAUUGUUUUCCGUAACAUUGGCGGUAUGUCGCUUUUAACGCGUUUAGUUAAUGAAAAAUAUAUACAGUGCAAUACAUUACGACCGACACACAACAAGAGAUUAAGAUUUGGUCCUUUUACCAAAAAUGGCUGAUCACUAAAUUUGAACUAUAUAUCUGUAUUAAUAUAAGGUGAAAAUUGUACGAGAAGAAUAAAUAACCUAACAUAAUAUCAGUUUGUGUGAAACGCGGGUAAAUAUGCCACGCACCAAAGCAUCACCUAAAAAAUGUGUUAAAACAACUAAUUCACAUCCAGGAACAAAUACAUGGGUUUUCCUUAUGAAAGGUGAUAGUUUAGAUAGUACAGAUGGUGGUACACCUGAUGUAGUUAAGUUAAGACAUCCAGCUUUAAAUCAACCUACAAUGUUUGUCUUCAGUCCAGGCAAUUUAACAGUACAAGAAGUCUUAACAUUUGAUGAAAAUAAAAGAUCAUGGUUUAUAGAUGAUAAUGUAAAAUCUGAUGGGAAACUGCAUUUGUCUACUCCUAUUGAUCCAAUGUUUUUAAUAUUACCUUAUUUAAGACAGUCACAACAAGCACAGCCAAUAGAACAAUGUCUUUGGGAUGAAGAUUUUCCAGAGACAUCCCGUCUUAUUCAAUGUCAGAAUUUAAACCUGACGUUAAUUGCUGACCGCAAAGGAGACGAGUCAAUGCAAGCUUACAAAUUUAAUGAAGAAAAAACAUUAAUUUGGUUGCAAAAGAAAGUAGAAAGAGUAGCAGAAGUUUUAAAACAAAAGGGUGUUCAUGUAUCACAGGGUGCUACUAGUGCCACUUAUGUUAGAAGUACUAAGUUUGAGAAUGUCUCAGAAAUUGAUUAUUUAAAAUAUGCACAUGGUAUUGUAUCAGAAUAUCUCGCAGAAGAUUUAUCAAACAAACUGGCACAACAUUUAAACUUAUCAGAUGAAAUAGAAAAUAAAAAAAGAAAAUUAAAUAGUCCUAAAGAAAAUGUUGAUGAAAAGAGAUCCAAAAAAGAUACCACUGAAAAUGAGUCAAUAUUAAAACCAAAAAUAUCUGACUCAACUAAAUUAGAGAAGUCACAGAAAACCACUGUUGGUAAAAAGGAAUUAGCUAGACAGAAAGCUGCAGCUGGAUCCAAAAGUAUUACUAACUUCUUUAAAAAGAAGUGAAUUUUAAAAAGUACCUUUAGAUUUACAAUAAAUUUAAAAGAGUUUAAAUACUGUAAUAUAUAUGCAUACUAUUCAUAGCAGUAAGAUUAAGUUUGGCUAUCCUUAUUCAUCAAGAAGGGAAAAUGGCGGUGUAAGCCAGCGGAGUGGAAGGCACUGGGUACGAUACCACGACCCAGCAUUGUCCAUGACGUGCACAACUGCAGUAUUUACCCGGUGAUAGAAAAGGGCUUGGGUCCAUUCAUAGUGGUGUGGCGGCAUUUCUUUUGAGAAUACUAGCGAGAGAAUCACCCUGUACAUACAUAAGAUCCCGCACCCCUCCUGCUGAUCGGGCACCGCUGUCAAUACCGUUGUAGAGCAAAGUGAAACCCCCCACAGUCUUAUAGCGACCGCCAAGGUGUGCAGAUCUACCUGUUAAACAUACAUAUACCCCCAUUUUAUUUUCUGCGUUCAUUUCAUUUGCUGUACUUGUCUUCUUAUUGAAUAAACUCGUUAAGAGGA